AUGAGUCUCAAUAUAUCUUCGAUAGAAGCUUCCAUACAAUUUAGUGAUUAUUACGUAGUUUGUUCAUUAGCUGCUGUUAUAUCACUCAUUGCAGUAUUCGUUUCAAUAUCUGUGCCAAUCUUGGUUUACCGAACAAAACCUCGUUUACACACUGUCAGACACUUGUUAAUAUGCAAUACAUGCGUCGCAUCAAUUCUCUACUGCAUUGUUCAAACUAUCAACUAUAUUUUUCUUAUCUUCUUACGAACAGAAACAAGUGACGUUGGGUGUCGAUGGCGUGGCUACUUUGCUUAUCUGACCAUUGCAGCUGUUGCCUAUUCAUAUCUCAUUCAAGCCAUUUCUCGCUUUUUCAUCUCUGUCCUUUCCGGUCAGUAUCGCUGGUUGACAACAUUCAAAACACAUUACAUUCUGAUUUUUCUCCAAUGGCUCACCAUCGUAAUCAUUCCACUACCUUCCAUCCUGACAAAUGACAUAUACUAUCGUCCGACUUCAUUCUGUUGGGUACCAUUGAAAAAGCUCAUUCAUGUCAUCUAUACCUAUUUCGCAUACUAUAUCCUACCAACAUUGACCAUCUGCAUGCUUUAUAUCAUUAUUUUCUAUCGAGUAAAGCAAGGAACAAAGCGCGCUGCGCUACUCAUAAGGAACAAUCAUCACGAGAAACGUGACCUUGAACUACUUCGUAAUAUAAUGAUACUUUUAUGUAUUUAUCUGCUAGGUGGCCUACCAAGUGUCCUUUUCGUGAUGACAACAAACAAAUGGAUCUAUUUGAUAAGCAUUGUGUCAAUGUCAUUGACAGUUGCAAUUGAAAAGAUCAGUAUGAUCAUGUUGGACCGUGAUAUUCGUCAAGUUACUAAAAGUUUAAUAUGUCGACGAACUAGGGUGAUGCCCUUUCAACUAGAAACGACUCGAAAAUAG